GCUCCCGUCGUGAAGGAUCACCUCUCGUGAACUGGCGCGGGGGCCGUACAAUCUAUUCCUGUCCACUCCGGCGUCCAGAGCCAAGUGACGCCACGGUCGUCGGCAAAUCCAAUCUGCUAGAACAGUAGGUGCGUUCUGUAGAGCCCUCGGGACGGGAAGGCAACUUACCGUCGCCCAGGUUCGGAUUGGUCGGCAUGCGCCGUUGAUCUCUCGCUGUCGAGCUCACGACUCCACCUCCGGGUCGAGCCGAACUGGUUUGGAUGGACAGAAGCUGACGGCGGGGUCGACGUUCGGGUUUUGAUGACUCGCGGAACGGGGUCUAGUCAGCAGUCAUCAUCGGUGGGCCCGGUGCUACCGCAGCAUUUCAUCCACAAGGGCGAACUGUCAGAUACGCCGGGGCACGGUGCGAGCGUCGGGUUCCAUGAGUCCCCGGCGAGGCGGUCGCGAGGAUUUCCCAAGUCCUGGUUGUGACCGGUCCACGCGGUCGGACAUGAUGGUGCGGUUGCUUGCAUUCUUCAGAUAAGUGAGACAUCGAGGCAUUCUCCUCGAUCAUCACCUCGAGCCGAAAAUCGGUGGAGGACUUUGUUUGAGAUGCUGGUGGAACUGACAUCUCUACGAAUGGAAAAGCCCUCGGUCUGUGGCCAUGGGUUCUCACAUGGAGGCGGCAGAAAGGGAUCACGCGCCAUGGAAGUGGAGGAACCGGACACCGGGGAGUGCUAUGGGCAAACUGGAACUGACACACUUCGAUUCGACGUCGAGCAAGCUCGCCUCACACUAGCUCACAGUAACAUCAUGACAUAUCGGAUCCAGCUCAUGGCGCCUCAUGACAAAUUGAUGCUCGCCGUUCACCGAGUGUGCUAGUCAGUUGUGCAUUCUCCCCGCUGCGUUCACGUUGGCUGUCACAAAGCCAACCGACUUUCGGUUAAACCUCGAGGACAAAUAAGCCUCUAAGUACCUCCGACCGGUCUGGCCAGUUUCUCGUUUCUGCACAAUCUCAAAAUGAGUAUUGAGUUGAUGAUGGAUAAUGCAAUCAUUAUUACCCUGGACAAUGCAUGGGACAGGUUGCAAAUCAUUUGCAGGGGUAGAUUCAUUCGUUUUAUAUUACUUAAGUAUUAGCUUCAUGACUAUUUUUGUCUUUCAAAGAAGAAAAUACAAACUGUAC